GGGGAACAUUAAUAUGCCAAAAAGAGGCACAACUUGCUACGGUCACUACUCACUACUCAGUACUCACUACUCACUAAACGCUACUCAACUAGUGUAUAUAUAAGUUACAGAGCACAUCAAUUGCAUACUUCACAAGUAUUAAUAUUGGCAUAUUGCUGAAGGGAUCUUUCCUCCCAGCUCGAACUCGUUGGAGAACUAUGCGCUAACUCAGGAGUUGGCAAUUUGGGAAGUUUCGGGUUCAUAUGGAGGCGUCAAUAAUGCCGAGGCCCAGUAAUUUGUUUACUGAACUGGAUAUAGAAGAUCCGAUGUUCUUACACGAAUUCGUAGCAGACUGUUUGGUUGAUAAUCCUCCAGAAGACAUGGAAGCCAUAUUGCACGAAAUCAACACUCUAUCCUCUUCCGGCUCAGACCACAACUCAUCAUCAUCAACAACAACAAUAUGUUCGAGUGUUGAAGAUCAAGGUAUGAAGCAUGGAGGAAAUACGACGGUAGCGCUUCGAAAGAGGCCAAGGAGGCUCCCUGAACAAUGCCAUAAUCACAUCAUAGCGGAGAGACAACGUCGUCAAACCCUUAGCGAGCGUUUCAUUGCUUUGUCCGCCCUCAUUCCCGGCCUCAAAAAGAUCGAUAAAACAUCUGUACUUGGUGCAGCUAUCAUCCACAUGCAACAGCUAAAAGAAAGAAUAAAGAUCUUAGAAGAAGGAAAUGCUAAAAAACAAAUGGAAUCCAUUGUCGUCCUCAAGCAACCACACAUCAUUCUUGAGAAUAGUGAGUGCAACUCUUCAACGUGCAACCAUAAUCUCUCAAGCAAAUUCAGUGAUGAACAACUCCCGGAUAUCGAAGCACGAUUUUCCAAUGAUAAUGUCCUUAUUAAGGUUCACUGCGAGAUGCAAAAGGGUAUUCUCAUCAAAAUUAUGAGUGAGCUUGAAAAGCUUCAACUAUUAGUUACUACAACUAAUGCUAUGCCCUUCAAUGGUAGAACACUAGAUAUAACCAUUAUGACCCAGAUGGAAGAAGAUUUCAAUAUGAGACCACAAGAUGUUGUUCAAAACCUACGUUCAAUCUUUCAAUAAGUUCCAUGUUUUGUUUAGUUUAAAUUGAUCAAUUUUCUUUUAACAUAUAAAGGUUAAUACAAAUAUACAAUUAGGCAGUUUUCUAUCAAUAGUGUUGUUUACAUUCAAUAAUAUUUGUAAUCUCCUGGUUUGAUAUCUUGCAAUAAAUUUUCUUGAUGCAAGAAGCUUUAUUUUCUUUUACUAA